UUUUCCCAACAAGGAAGUGCUUAUCUAUUAAGUCCACACAGACAUACAUGGCAUUGGUAUUACUCAAAGUUUAAACGCAAUUUCUUCAUUAAGUUAGUUUUCCUGUUGAGCGAAACAUGGAGUUAGUCUUGAAGGUCGUCUUCGUGUUGUGUGUAGCAGGUUUUGUUGUUGGCCAGAACGAAAUAAACAAUGUCCACCACGGUAGUAUGAAGAGAAGAAGUCAGUCAUUCAAGGAGUACAUCAGGCGGCUGCGACAGUUCUCGAGCGACAUGUACACUCAGCUGUCUGAGGAGAAACCGCGACAGAAUCUCAUCUUUUCCCCGUACAGCAUCGAGAGCGCGCUCAUGAUGACUAUCCUUGGGGCCAAGGGGAAUACCUGGAAGCAGCUCCGGGCGGGCAUGAGGAUGGGAACAGAUCGCCAGCUGAGGAACAACACCAGGCACUUCCGUAGCACAAUGGAGAGAUUGCCAGACGGAUAUUUUUUCGAAUCAGCCAACCGGGUAUUUUACCAGAACAGCAGCACGAUCUCAGCAAAAUAUCUCAGCCUUACGGAGGAUGUGAUUGGGGCAUUUCCACAGGCGGUUGACUUCAAGGCCCCAGAUGUGGCCAGGGACACGAUCAAUCGCUGGGUGGAGAAGAAGACCAAGAAUAAGAUCAAAGACCUCAUCUCUGAUGGAGUCUUGGAUGAACUGGUGCGAAUGGUCUUAGUCAAUGCAGUGUACUUCAAGGCUGAUUGGAAAACGAAAUUCGAUGCGCAGAUGACGAAAGAGAAGAGAUUUUUCAGUCAUGAUGAUGAGCAGGUCGUGGAUAUGAUGGAUGUAACCAGUAAAUUCAAAUAUAAGGAAGAUGAAGAAUGCAAUUAUAAGGCCGUCGAGAUGGAAUACAAGGGCGGCAGUAUGAGCAUGGUGUUGGUCCUUCCAAUGCACAGGACAAACCAGCAGCAGUUCCAAGCCUUUGAGGAAUGUCUGCAGCGGAACAUUGAAACUGUUACCAAACAAAUGGUGGAAUGGAAUGUGAACAUUUCUCUGCCAAAGUUUAAAUUAACGCAGCAUUUUGACCUGAAGGAACCCCUAAAGCGGAUGUCAAUCGUGGACCUGUUCAUCCCGGGGAAGGCAAAUCUGACCGGAAUUGACCCGACUGGUGACCUCUACGUCUCUGACGCACUACACAAGGUCUUCAUUGAGGUGAAUGAAGAGGGAAGCGAAGCGGCCGCCGCAACCGCCAUGGUAUCCCGCGGAAGAUCCGCCUUCGGUGACCCAGUGUUGCAGUUCGUCGCCGAUCAUCCGUUUAUGUUCUUCAUCAAGCACAAGGUUGGGGGAGUUAUAUUCAUGGGCCGCGUGAUGAACCCCUCUGCGAAUCCGUAGGCAGGGAUAACGGAGCGGUUAGAUCGAAUUCAGGUUCGACGGACUUGAAUCCGCUUUAAAGGGGAGCAAGUGCGUCUAAUUGGUGAUCUUCAUCAGCGGCGGGGGCAAGCCCCUUGAUCGUGGAUCUUGUUUGAUUUUGCGAUAAAAAAUAAUCCUGGUACAAGCGUGAAUAUUUUCGGCUGUUAAUUGUAAAUGUACGUAGCGCUAUCCUGUGGGUAAUUGGCCCACGAUGUCGGUCCGGCGUUAUCUCCUGCUGCUCUUCCUCUUCUAUCUAAUUCCCAGAAUGGAUGCCGGCCAAACAGUUUCGAAUCGAACAUUGUUUACUCAAGUAUAUAUUCACUGCCGUAACUUCCAUGCUGACGCACAUUCGCAUUUUAUGUAAAAAAAUUGUCAUUGGGCUAGAAUAAAGUUUAUCUCUAAGGGCUA